CCCAUUUCCCCUCCUCCCUCGCUUUUCUCCUCUUCUCCGGGAGGGCCUGGGAUUAUGAGAGGGGUUUCAUCCUGCUCCUGGGCGGGGGGGUCACGGAAUAGACGGACGCGCAGAUAAGAAAGACAACACCAGCAGAGAUACACACACACGGGACGGAUGGACACACAGACAACACCCCGGCAGACAGACAAAUACAGAAAACACACCCCGAGGCAGCAACAGGUCUUCACCACCAGACUAAGAUGACCGACCGCCCUGCCUAUCUAAACAUUUAUUGAACUUCCUCCUUCCCUGCUAUCCUCUUCAAGAUGAAGUGCGUGCUGGUGGCCACAGAAGGGGCUGAGAUCCUGUUCUACUGGACAGACAAAGAGUUCGAAGAUAGUCUGUGGCAGAAGUUUGGACUGUCAGAGAACAAGGAAGAAGAGCUUCCUGCCCUAGAGGACCGCCUCAGCACUCUUUUUGCCCCUGUGAUCAUCUCAUGUAUGACCAUGCUGGAGAAGCUCUCGGACACCUACACUUGCUUCUUGGCUGAGAAGAGCAACCAUCGAUAUGUCCUUCACCUGUUUGGUGAAUGCCUGUACAUCGCGGUCAACGGUGACAACACGGAGAGCGAGGAUGACCUGCGUCGGAAGCUCUAUGUGCUGAAGCACCUGGUUGAGAUGCACUUUGGCCUGGUCACCCUGGAUGGCCAUCUCAUCAGGAAGGAGCUCCGGCCCUCUGACCUGCAGAAGCGUACACAAGUGUGGGCCCUCUUCCAGAGCUUGCUCCAUACAUACAGCCGCCUCCGAGAGCAAGAGCAGAGCUUUAUGGUGGAGGCUGUCGAGAGGAUAAUCAACCCCCAGCUGUGUGAAUUAUGUAUCGAGGUCCUAGAAGAACACGUUGUCCACCAUAUCAAUACCCACUCUGAACAUGGUGGUGAAGAGGUCCUCCAUGCCUUCCUGGUUGCCCACACCAAGCUGUUGGCCUUCUACUCCAGCCAUCAUGCUAGUCCCCUGCGCUCCACAGAUCUCCUCACCCUCCUCCUCAUGGUUCAGGACCUAUACCCCAGUGACAAUUCAGCGGAAGAGAACAGCACUCAGGCUGCCCAAGAAAGACCAUCCCACCAGAGACCCAGCAGCAGCAGCCAGAACAUUCCUGUGCAACUAAUGAGAAGCCUUGGCCCACAUUCAUCCUCUCGGAGUUCUGAGGAGAUGGAUAUAGACAUUCUCUCAUUGCCAGAGGAAUACUACAGUCCAGCACUCUCAACUGGGGAACAGAGCUCAGGAAGUACUGUCUGGCUGGAUGCUGGGACUCCCCCAAUUGGUGGGGAAGCAGAUGCUGCCUUUGUCCAGAUAGCAGAGGACACCUUGCAAAUGUUGGUCCCCACCUCUCCUGCACCUUCUAAUCCCAGAAGAAUUUUCCUUGAUGCCACUUUAAAGCAGAGCCAUUGUGUUAUGAUGCCUCACACUAUGUACUGCCUACCUCUCUGGCCAGGCAUCUCUAUGGUGCUUCUAACCAAGAGCCCUAGCUGCCACUUGGCUCUCUCCCUUUACCAACUGCUAGAUGGUUUUUCAGUACUAGAGAAGAAAUUGAAGGAGAGGCAGGAAACAGGGAGUACCCUUCGCUCUCAGCCCCUUCUGGGGGACUUGCGCCAGAGGAUGGACAAAUUUGUGAAGAAUCGAGGAGGACAAGAUAUUCAGAACUCAUGGCUGGAAUUUAAGAACAAGGUUUUCUCCAAAAACGAACAAGGGUCAUACAUGGAGAUUAUCCAGGCCUGUGGCAAGGUAAAGCGGCAGCUUUGCUCCAUGUACCGAAUCUACUUCCUGAGCCCAGUACCUGGAGGGGGAGGACCCUGUCUCCCCCAGAGCCUGCAGAGCCACGUCCAGAGCGUCAUGCAAGAAAAGCUGGUGGACUGGAAGGACUUUUUAAUGGUGAAGAGUCAGAGAGACAUCACCUUGGUGUCGUUCCUGGAAGACUUUCCAGGUUUGGUGCAUUUCAUCUAUGUGGAUCGAAUGACUGGGCAGAUGGUGGCUCCCUCCCUCAACAUCACUGAGCACACAACAUCUGAACUGGGCAAGGGACCCCUGGCUGCUUUCAUCAAAACCAAGGUCUGGGCUUUAGUUGCCAUGGCUCGGCGAUACCUCCAAAAGGGCUUCACAACAAUGACAUUCCGAGAUGGCGACUACUACUGCUCCUACUUCCUGUGGUUUGAGAAUGACCUGGGCCACAAACUACAGGCAAUAGAGGUGCCAGUCCUUUCUGAAGACUCAGUUCCCAUCGGUGUACUUGGGGGAGACUAUUACAGGAAACUUCUCCGCUACUACAGCAAAAGCCGUGCUGGAGAAAUAGUGAAAUGCUACGAAUUGAUGACCAUCCAUCUCUCUGUCCUUUCUGUGGACAUAGUGGUCCAACAGGCAGCUGGGCUGAUUCGGCGACUGUGGGAGUUAUCCCGUAUCCCCUUGCUCUAGGAGAUUGGACUGUUCUGUCUCUCAGGUUCUUACAAGACAUUUGUUUGGUCUAUUCCAUGGCUUCCCUCUUUCAGGACCUGUCCAAGGCCCCAAAAUGUUCUGCCUUGAGGAUAGACAUGCCCCACUUCAGGUUCUCAGGCUCUGCACUGAUACAGGUCACAGCUAAUCCAUGCUUACCCAUCCAUCAUUUGGAGAAAAAUGCCCUCCUGCUCAGUGAUAGUUUUAAGGCAGCAGGAUGAAAUCUCCAUGUCUAUAUAUUCUUGAAAAUCCCCACCCUGGCCAAUGCAUGGAAUGAAUGGUAUUCAGAGGCACCUUUCCAUGCCACAAAGCAGACCUGGGGUGCUGUAGAUCUUAGCAUCUAUGAUAGAGGUGCCACUUUGUGUUAGACCAGGUUGAGGAUUAGAGGCAGAGGUUGGGCUUCCCUUUAAAUUAUUCUUCUCUCUGCAAGAAAAUGAUGAGCUUUGAAUGGGCUCUUGUGUUCUUAAAAGUUUCAGGGAUUUUUAUGUCAGAACUUGGAGGUGCUAAACCUAGGGACUGCCUCUUCAGGUGUUCUCCCAAAAGAGGAGGAAGUUACUAAUACCUGAUAUGCAGGGCUUUGUGACCUUAGCUCCCUGCAUAGCUUAAAGCACUUACCUUUCCUAUUUUUCUUCACUGAAUUUCCUUUUAUCCUGUUAAUUAGAACUGGAAGGAGAACUUGCUCAAACAUUUGACCUCCCUGUCUUUGCCUCCCCAAAUCCAAAAGACCUCAUUGACAUCAAAUAGUAAAGUAGAAAGAGGGCUUAGAGUAGGCUCAUAUGCCCUGCACAGUGGACAGGUUCCUAAAACUUGCUGACUCCCAGCUUUGUCUGUGUGGGCUAGGACUUGGUGCUUCUUGAAUUCCAAGUAAAGGUAGAAAAUGAAGAGAAGGGAAGGGGUUUUUGUCCUUUUAAUGAUACUCCAUUGGAUGGAAUAUCUGUCUUCCAAAAAUGUAGUUUACACUCCAGAGCCUCAAAGAGUAGAAAGAAACAAGAAACCAAUUUCUAGGUCUUCUGCAAAUUUUAAUCAAGGAGAAAGAUAUUGAAUUGAAGAGGCAUUGAAUGAUAAUAAUAAAACAUUAAGUUCUAUAAA